AUGAAUCCAACAUGUCCCAACCAGCAACUGGAUGUCGAACCCAGGCGAACUCCUAAAGCAACGAAAACUACUCCGUACUUCAUACCUGGUCUGUCAACUAGGUCCCUUCAAGAUUUUUUGCCGCUAUGGCUCUGUGCCGACGCUCAAAGCUCCCAAAAAAAGCCAAAAAUGGGAGGAAGCCAUGCGAGGCCCAAACGCUCACUAGCCAGAGGUAUUUGUACAUCUGGAGAUCACCACCGCUGCUCGUAUGAAGGAUUAGGGUCUGAGAAAGAUAACCUCUGCGGAUAUCGAGGGACCCGACCACCUAGUUUAUCAGCACUGAGGUUCAGGGUUAUCUUCAUUCCGGACCAAGUCAGGGCAUUGAUCGAAACCUUCAAGCCGGAGCUCUAG